AUGGGAAACACACAAAACAACAGGACAUUGCUCAGGGACUCAACAGGAUCACUCUUGCUAACACAGACUGUCAUAGGAAUCCUGGGAAAUUUCUCUCUUCUUUAUCACUACCUCUCUCUUUACCAUAUUCAUCACAGGUUGAGAGACACAGACUUGAUUCUCAUACACAUGACACUCGCCAAUUCCUUGACCAUUCUCUCCAAAGCAGUUCCCAAGACAAUGGGAGCAUUGGGGUUGAAGGAUUUCAUCAGUGACUUUGGAUGCAAAAUAAUUUUUUAUUUUGAGAGAGUGGCCAGGGGGCAGUCUAUUGGCACCACCUGCCUCUUGAGUGUCUACCAGACCAUCAUGAUCAGCCCCAUGAACUCCUGCUGGAAGGAGCUGAAAGUCAGAGCUCCAAAAUAUGUUGGCUGCUCCCUUUCCCUCUGCUGGAUCCUGUACAUCUUGGUCAAUUUCAUUUUUCCUACAUAUGUGUCAUCUGUGUCUGUCAUAUGGGGCAGCAAAGACAUCAAAGAGAAAACAGAUUUGAAAUAUUGUUCUACUGUGGAUCACAACAAAAUUUUGGGCUCACUAUACAUGGCCCUAGUAGUAUUCCCUGAGGUUUUGUUUUCUGUGCUCAUCAUCUGGUCCAGUGGCUCCAUGGUUUUCAUCCUGUUCAGGCACAAACACCGGGUCCAGCACAUUCGCAGGACUAACCUUUCCCCCAGAUCCUCAGCUGAGUCCAGAGCCACACAAAGCAUCCUUCUUCUGCUGAGCACCUUUGUAUUUUUCCACACCCUUUCCUCCAUGUUAAGCAUUUACUUGGCUCUUUAUCAGAAUUCAAACAAAUGGCUGGUGAAGAUCACAAAUCUAAUUUCUCUGGGUUUUCCCUCUGUGAGCCCCUUUCUUCUCAUGAGCCGUGAGUCCACUCUAUGCAGGGUCUUCUCUGCCUGCAUCAGAACUAGGAAAUCCCUUGCUCUUAUGAGAAACAUGUACGUGAUAGGUUUGUGCACAAUCCUCAUUUGAUUAUUCACUUUUCAUUCUCAAACAAUGGAGUUUUAAGGAUAAGUGAGUUAUUCUGAAGCAGACCCUAGAAGCACUG